AUGGCUUUAACGGCUCUGCAGAAAGGAAAGUCAAAAGCUGCACUAGAGGACUCAGCGGAGCAUCUCAUUUCUGACGGCACAUCCUCGAGUGCAUCGAGGUCGGCGGACUCGGACUCGGACUCGGACUCUGAGAGCGAGUCAGACACGGACAGUGACACAGGAGAUGAAGAGGUAACCCAAGAGUUUCUUAACGCGCUUCUGGUGAGGGCAAGACACAAUGUCACUGCGAAGACAUUGCCCGAAGGAGACAGGUCGGGAGAAAAUUUGCACGAAGAGGAGGAAAUUCGCCUAGAUGACCUAAAGGAUCCUGAGGAACAACCGUUGCCUCCGUUAGACCCUGGAGUUUUACCUGCACCAUAUAUCACACUCGGCGACGCCCGCAAAGCUGCUCCUUCCGCCAUACGCCAUCCAGAUAUCGAGCAAGUUGAACAAGCGUCAUCUUCGAAUGCACCGGCACGACCUCUUCCACCUCCGGAGCUAUCAAAGUCUGGGAAGCCAUUGACAAAGAAGGAGAAAAAGGCACUGAAAGAUAGAACAGCGGGACGCUCGUGGUAUGAUCUUCCUGCCCCUGCGGAAGCCGAUCUUCCCCGUCUGUACCGUGAAGUAGAAGCAUUGCGUCUCCGAAACCAGCUAGAUCCCAAGCGUUUUUACCGCAAAGACGAGGGCGAAGGGAGGGGUAUCAAAGGUCUGCCCAAAUACUUCGCAAUUGGUACGAUUAUACCGUCCAGCACACCUUUCGGCACUGCCAGUGCAGACAAUCUCAACCGGGCGAGCCGAAAGAGAACCCUUGUCGAUGAGUUAGUGGACGAUGCGGAGGCCAAGAGCUACGCGAAGAAGAAAUUCAAGGAAUUACAGACUGUGCGGGGCGCGAGAGGGAGAGGCACUCUUGCGCAGAAGAAAGCAUUGCGUAGGCAGAAGUGGUGA